UGUAGUUAAUACUUAAUAGAGUGGGCACUGCGCAGGACUGACGUGAUGAAGGUGUGGCUGCAAGCCUGCAAUUAUUUACAUCCAGUUAUAUAUGUAUGUAUAAAUAUCAACUCAUCUUCUCUGCCUGAAACCGAUCGACAGAAGUGAUCCAUGGAUCUGUUGCGACUCCUCUCUUUUCUGGUAUUCAUCGUCGUUGCCGCUUUUUCGAGCCUGCAACUGCAACGUUCGGUGGAACAACAAGGGUUGGAUUAUUAUUCUCUCGGAAGGGAUGGAAUUGGAAACUAUUCGAUUAGAGAUGAGAUAAUUAGGUUGGCUAAUGCUCCGGAGACUGUGAAUUGGCUCAAGAAUAUUAGAAGAAAGAUUCAUGAGCAGCCAGAACUGGCUUACGAAGAAUUCGAGACGAGCAAGCUCAUUAGGCGCGAGCUCCAUCGAAUCGGUGUCGAGUAUCGAUGGCCUGUCGCAAAGACGGGUGUGGUAGCUACCAUAGGCUCCGGCUGCCCUCCAUUUGUUGCUCUCAGGGCAGAUAUGGACGCUUUGCCCAUUCAGGAAAUGGUAGAGUGGGAACACAAGAGCAAAGUAGAGGGGAAAAUGCAUGCCUGUGGGCAUGAUGCUCAUGUUACCAUGCUUCUUGGAGCUGCGAAGAUACUGCAAGAGCUCCGAACCACGUUGAAGGGAACAGUUGUCCUGAUAUUUCAACCUGCAGAGGAACGAGGGAAAGGAGCACAAAAAAUGAUCGAAGAAGGAGCACUAGAAAAUGUGGAGGCUAUCUUUGCAAUGCAUACUAUGUCUCAAUAUCAUACCGGUGUUGUGGCUUCUAGGCCUGGAGAGUUUCUCGCAGGUUGCGGAGGUUUCAAAGCAAAGAUCAGUGGGAAGGGUGGUCAUGCAGCCAUUCCGCAACACUCUGUUGAUCCUGUUUUGGCAGCCUCAGCGUCAAUAAUUAGCUUACAGAACAUUGUUUCAAGGGAGACGGACCCUUUAGAUUCCCAGGUGGUUUCUGUAUCCAAUUUCAAUGCCGGAACUGAAUAUAACAUAAUUCCAGAUGAGGCCAUAAUUGGUGGUACUUUUAGGGCUUUCAGAAGGAAGAAACUCAAAGCUCUAAAGCAAAGAAUAGAAGAGGUUAUUAAGGGGCAAGCAGCAGUGCACCGAUGCUCGGUGGACAUGGAAUUCUCUGUAGAGGAGCAUCCUAUGAUUCCUCCAACUGUGAACAAUGAAAGAGUUUAUGAUCUAAUGCAUCAUGCUUCAACCCAGAUCGUAGGAGAAAAUAACAUGCACACAGCUCCUUGCUCCAUGGGCAGUGAAGAUUUUGCCUUUUACCUAGAACAGAUACCCGGAUCCUUCCUUUUGAUAGGAAUCAGGAAUGAGAGGGUUGGAUCAAUUUACCCCGCACAUAACCCUUAUUAUACCAUUGAUGAGGAUAUCCUUCCAAUUGGAGCUGCAAUACAUGCUGCAUUCGCACAUUCAUAUCUCACAAAUUCUACUAGUAACAAUUAACAAAAAUUGAUGCAUCAAUGAAUCCUGAUCCUAGUUGUAUCGUCAUAUAUAUAAAUCCUUGAAAAGAGACGCAUACAUAAGUUUGUUCU